UUGAAUGUUCUUCCUGUUCUAGAUCAAGAAUGAGACAUACAUUGAUUAAGUUACCUACCCGUGGUCACAUAGCGAGUGACUCAUUGGCAGAGGCAGGAAUUAACACCUGGUAUCAUUAAAUUCCUGCUUCCUAGCCCCCAUGGCCUCUUGUAUGUAGUGCUCUUCUCUUUCCUCUCCUGGCCUUUUUGCCUCUUGCCCACUACAGGGUUUGUUACACGUGUGACUUCCAAGGUGACAGUAUCUGACCACUGCCAAGAAAAUGAGACAUUUUGCUAUGGUUUUGACAUACAAAGAAGCUAAAGUUCCUUUUAUUUCUGAUCUUUUGGGAGUGUUUUACCAUGUUAUCCCUGAGCUGAUGCGCUGGCACCGGUCGCCUCUGCUCCCAUGCCUCCAGCACUGAACAUGACAAAGGUGUUAGCCUGUCCUCUAACAUUAUUUUCUGUUUUUCUAGAAGCAUCUUUGCUGCAGUCUCCCUGAAGUGGGAACGCUCUGCCCAUACCCACUGUUAGUACAACAGUAAUCGGUUGCAAAAGAACCAGUGGGUGGGUCCUGUAAAUCCCAGCUCAGUAUUCAGCAAAGUAUAACAUCUGUUGCGAUCAAUAUUUUAGAGCAAGCCUGUUUGAUAAAAACUUACAGUAAAGCCUUUAGCUUCCUCCUGAAUAGCUAAAUAAUUCACGCCAGUGGCUCUAAUCGCUUUAAGCUUCUUGCAUUUGGAAGUAAGCAGCAAAUUCAGGGUAAUUCUGCAGGGAGGCAGCAUAGCCCGCUGGAGCGUGUUUCUUGCAGGCUGCUCUGCUGGGAAUGGAGUACCUUCAGGUUUGUGGUGGCUCCUGGGGUGUGCUGAGUGCAGUCCGGCCCCAGAUGGGCGCUUUGAUCAUUAUCCCCUGUGUCGUGUCUCAGUGGAGCGUCUGGAGUGGCUGCGUGGAGCCUUGCAAGACCACGUAUCGUGUUCGGAGGAGGCACAUCAUCCAGGAGCCCAGGAACGGAGGAGAGGCAUGCCCUCCUCUGGAGGAGAGGGCUGGCUGUGUGGAGUACUGGUCUCAGCAAGGAACAGAGUGCAAACAGUCCCUGAUCCCAGCAUUAAUAACAACAGGAGGGUUUGGAAAAGCGAGGAAAAGAAGAGCUGCAGCUGAUGGCAAUGAAAGAGCAGGGUACUGUGUUGAAUUCCAGCUUGUGGCCAUCACGCCGGGCUGCUUGCACAGCCACCACUCAUACACUCACUGGAUGCAGUAUCUCAGGGAGGGCCACACUGUCUGUGUGGAAUGUCAGCACCCAGCUUUAGACUCCAGAAGCCUACAUUGUUAUGGGGAUGGCAGUGGAAGCAAAAAGAAUCAGCUGUUGCACUGGCAGGCGGUAGGGAACCCUCGAUGCAGGGGAACCUGGAAGAGAAUUCGCCAGCUAGACACUUGCUCCUGCCCUUCUGUUCACAGCUUCUUGUUCAUCUAACUUCUGACAGUCCCAGCGAGCGAGUGCUGUGAUGGCUGGCACCAGCGUGUGGCAGCAGUCGGAACCACAACCAAAGCAAUGACUUAUGUCAGAGGCUGUGCCACUUACUUUCAAGAGGUUGCUCUCUGUACUGGGGCAUCCUGAAUCCUCUCUGUCUGUGUGUACUCCUCGAUUUCCAAAGAAAUCAGGGUGGCUGUCAAGUGCCAGUCUCUUUCUGCCCUUCUAUCCCUGAGAGGGGCCUGUCUGACCCUGAUGACUUCUUGCAAAUUCCCCCUUUCUUGAGAGGAACAAGAAUUCACCAGAUAAGGAAUUGGACAAAAAAGGCCAUAUGAACCCAGGUUUAAUUGUUAUUUUUCUAAAGUCUCAAUGAAGAAUCAACAACACAAAAUAAAUUAACUCAAGUGCCUGCUUUUCAUAGCAAUGGCACUUCUUCAUGGAUGCUUCCUGCUUAUGCUUAUAUAUCUUCCCCUUGUUUUCAAUCUCCCUGGUCUCACCAUUUCAUAUUGAUCCUCAGUCUUACAGAGGGUUGAUUUUGUGCUGCUGAGACAACAGCAAAACAUAGAAAUGAGCCUGUUCAAAUCUGUGAGAAUAGAAGGUACCAGGGAUAAAUUAGCUCUUGGACUUCAGGUUUCAAGGAGCAUCUCUGAGUUGCUCCAAAAUGCAGUGCUCUCCUGGGGCUCUAAAUAGGAAGUCAUCCCAGCUGUACCAGGAGGGCUAUCUUAUAGCUUUGUAUUUUUGACUGGAAAAUAUUUGAAAUAUUUUCUUUAAAUUCUUCUGAUUUAUAUUCAUAUUUUUCUAUAAAUGAAAAUAAAGGAGACUGGAGACAUUC